AAUUAUAAAAUUUAAAAAUAAACUAUAAAACAAUUAUAAUAAAUUCAGUGGUUAAAGUCAAUGUUAUCUUUAAUAAAUUUUAAUUAAACGUAUAUAUUUAAUUAGAUUUUUGUCAUAUAUAUAUGUUUGAUUUAAUUUUUUUGAAAACAUAAAUAAUAAGUUAUUAUGUUGGUUUUUGAAUUAAUAAAAAAUAAACUAAUAAAUAUUUGUAAAACGAUUAAGUUCGCAUAUGCGGGCAAGACACCUAGUUUAAACAUUGUUUGACAAAAACUAGUAGAUUAUUCCGUGUUCAACAAUAUAACUACACUAUGAAAGAACGAAAAGAUUCUAUCCAAAAUCAUGAAAUUGUUUCUACAAAAAUGUUGGACGAGAUUUAAUGACUCAUAGAUUGUCCAUGAAAACAUAAUAUUAUCAUAAUCAUAUUUAAUCUAAACUAAUUUGUUUUAUCCAUGGCCUCUUUAAAUUUAGUAAAUAAGAAUAAUAAUGUAAAGCUUAUCAACAUUUUUAAAAAAGGAGUGAAAUCAUGUAUCAAUUAGUAGAUUGAACUAAAAUCAUUGAACUGGCAAUCUAAUUAAUUUAUAAAAAAAAAAAAUCACAUAUAUUUCAAGAAAUUAGUGUAUUAAUUUACAGUAUGCUAAUAUUUUAUGUCCAUAAAAGAAAAUUAUAGAAGGACACAAAAAAACCAGUAGAUAUUAUUCCUAUUUCAAAAACAAAAAUUAAAAAAGUUUUAUCCGAAAAGGAACCAUGAAACCAUAUGAAUACAAAGAACACCUACCAAAUGGUUUUUGAUGACUUUAUAAAUAACCAAAUUAUCUGAGAGAAUUCUUAUAAAACGCCACAUUCUUUCUUCUUCUCCUCUGCGACUUUUAGAGAGAGAGAGAGAGAGAGAUAGCAUCCAGACGAGACGAGGAGACUGUAACUAGAUGAUGUUGUUGUCCUUGUGCUCGCUUUCAUAAGUCAAUUGGUUUGGACCAUUUGAUUUUGUUCUUCUUUUUAUUAAAUUCCUCAAAAGUACUCUGUUUUGGUCCCCUGUUCUGUCUCUGUUUCUAAACUGCUCUUUACUCGCAACUCGUUACGAUCUCUCUUUCGUCUUUUCUUUUCCAGCUAUUAUUUUCACAAAUCUCCAUAAAAAAAUAUUCUUUUGAUAUAUAUCUAUCUCAUCGAUCUUACCAAACCCUUUGUCUCCAAGAGUUUUUCGUUCCCCGAUCCAUUAUGGGGUGUACGAGCUCGAAGCACCGUAAGCGAUGCCACCACUGCCGGCAAGGGUAUUGUCCGGUGAACAUGCGUCAAAUCCAAUCGGUGCACCACCCAUCUCAACACUCCGACGACAGCUGCCACAUGGUUGCUCUCAGCUCCACCAGCCUCGGCUCUCUCAAGCUCUGCGACUCCUCUGACUUCAGCGGGAACCUUGUCCCCGCCGCCGACGAAUCUCUAGAGAAGCGACGAGUCUCCGUAAAUGGGUUUGGGUCAGAGAAGGAGAAGCUGAGUUCGGAGAUGCAGGCUAAGCUUAUGGAAGCUAAAGUAUGGUCAAGCAUGAUGAACGAGAAGAUCCCAAAGAUCGUCCCCAAGACUCCCAUCUUGACGCCUCCGGGAGAGCCGGAGACGAUCAACACAUGGGAGAUGAUGGAUGGGCUUGAAGAUUCGGUGAGCCCUAACCACGUUAGGAGCUUCUCGUUUGAUACUGCUGGUGGUCAUGGUGGUGCUUGUGAACGUCCCAAGUUGAAUGGUGAGGUUAAGCCACUGUGGCUUCAGUUGGAGGAAGAAGGGCUUGACGACUUCGAUGAUUUCGAUCCUGAGAUCAUAUCUUCAUUCAGGAGGUCUCUCCAAGAACUUCCCUCUGAACAUCCUUUUAACAUUUCGAUUCAUGACUUGAAACUGAGGCCACAGUUUAAGUUCUCUGAUGAAGAAGAAGAAGAAGAGGAAGCUACUGGUAAAGACAAGGUGACACUCUACUUCACAAGCCUUAGAGGUAUAAGGAAGACAUAUGAAGAUAGUUGUGAUGUUAGAAGUAUACUAAAAAGUAUUGGAGUUAGAGUGGAUGAGCGAGAUGUGUCUAUGCAUUCGGGUUUCAAGGAAGAGCUUAAGGAGCUGCUAGGGGAUAAAUUCAAAAAUGGUGUUGGGGUUACUUUACCUAGAGUUUUCUUGGGGAAGAAGUUACUCGGAGGAGCAGAGGAGAUUCGGAAGUUAAAUGAAGAAGGGAAGCUUGAGAAGCUUCUACAAGGCUGCGAGAGGGUGGAAGAAAACAAGAACUGUAAUGGGCAAGAAUGUGAGGCUUGUGGAGAUGUAAGGUUUGUGCCUUGUGAGACAUGUUCAGGGAGCUGCAAAGUAUACUAUGAACAUGAAGAUGAUGAUAAUGAAAGUGUAACGGAAGAAAGAGAGUAUGGGUUUCAGAAAUGUCUUGAUUGUAAUGAGAAUGGACUCAUCAGAUGUCCUGUUUGUUGUGAUUAGCUUUUAGAAUAUACACACACAGAGAAAACCUUAUUCUUGUUUUUGUUUGUUUUGCUACAUUGAGUUUUUGAGUGCUGUAGUGUUUUAUUGCAUCAAGAGGUUUUGUUGUGUACAUAAAGAUGGUUAUGAUUGUGAAGAAGGUUAUAUUUCAAGUGUAAAAUAGGAUAUGGAGCUUUGCUGUCUAUUCUUUGAAAUUCCGUUGAUGCUUUACAUGUUGUUGAGGACACAUAUAUUUGAAAAGGCAGUGGCAGUUCAGGUUAAAAAGUCAGCUGACAAAUAUGACCGUGGAAAAUGAGAAUCUUGCAAAUGCUUUUUCUUUUGUCACCCUCCCAUUUGAAUAAUAGUCAUAUAGGAAGGUAAAUAAAAUAGGUAUGUCUGUUUAGGGUAGAUAGAAGUUGGGAUGCCAGAUUUUAGAAUAUGGUAAUAAUGUGAUUUAUUACUAUCUAAUUGUAUUCUUUCAUUUUUGUCAAUUUCUUUUUAAUGUGUUGUUCUAUUUUCGUCAAUAUACUUUUAAUAUAUGUAUGAUUUUUGGUAUUUACAAAAUUUUAACAUGCUAUUUUUUUUUGGUCAAAACAUGCUAAUUUUUUUAUCAAUAUACUUUACUAUGUAGAUAUUUGUUCAAUAUAUUUUUAUAUCCCCUAUAUAUUAAAAGAUAAGCAUUACAACAUUUUAACUAUGACAUAAGUCUAUGAAUUUUUGUUGUAAAAAAAAAAGUCUCUAGAAAAAUAUAUUGGUCCCCUGAACAUAUAUAAUAUAUUUUUCAUUAAACUAACCAUGAAAUUAAUUAAAAAUCUACAAUUAUUAUUAUUUUUUUUUUCCUUAAAUAAAAUCUACAAAUUGCCAAAAGUGAAUAAAGUAUAUAUUUGAUAAUUAAUUAUUUUAAUAAUAAAGAUUUGACAACAGUUUACAUAUCUUCCAUUGUUUUUAAUGUUAUAUUGUUAAAAUAAAUUAAAAAAUCAUAUUAACCAUAUAAUAAAAAAUUAGAUUUUUCGUAUAUGUUAUAUUUUGUAUUUUAAAAAAUAACUAUAAAUAACGAAAAAUUGUUAAGAGUCUCACAUUGAAAAUUUUAUGAUUUAUAGUUUAAAAUUUUUGUUAAAAUAAAAUACAAAUGAUCGUAAAACCAUAUGAGUAAAGUUCACAGUCAAUAGAUAUUUAGAUUAAUAUAUAUAAGACUUAUGAAUGAUAUAAUUAUGGUUGACCAGUCAAAGUUCAUAUUUAACAAUUAUUAGAAUAUACAUUUCAUUUCGUGUGUAAUCACCUAGUACGUAUAUAUAUAUAUAUAUAUAUAUAUACAUAUAUAUAUAUAUAAGGAUUUCUUUUAUAAUACGAACACCUAAGCUGAAGUUAUCCACUAGUGAUAAACGACAUUAAAAUUAUGGAAGCUCCUUAGUCCGGUUUAACUAAAGCUUCAACAAUAUUUUUAUACCGGGAGGUUAUCUUCGAAUCUCAGAAAAUGCGAUACUACGAAUAUUUAUAGAUUUUUUUCAUAAAAGAUAUUCAAUAUGGUCCAAUAAGUACUAUCAAACAUGAUUUUUAUUGGAUGGUUUAGGUAGUGUAGUCAAACAUAAAUUCUCAUAAGACAUGUAAAAUUGUCGGCUGUAAAAUUGUCUAUAAUAUUUUUCAUAUUUGUAUUAUCAUAAUUAUCCAAGCUUUAAAAGAAGAACAACAUUAAAAUCACCAAUUAAAAAAAAAAACCAAAAUCCUGUUUGAAAAGUUGGUACCAAUAACCAUACAAAUUUUAUUAUUAAGAUUCUAACCAUAUAAAACUAAUGGCUAGAGUAUUCUGUGUACAAUAUAUAUUAUUAUUUUUUGCCCUUUAAAGUCACACACACAAUUUAUUUUAUUUAUUUUCAAUUUUUUUCUUCUUUGUCUUCUUUAAUCAAUUCAAUCGUGACUUUUUCUCCAUUUCAUGAUUCAUCUCUUUUACAACUCCAUCGAUUUCAUAUUUGGUCACUCCGCCUCAAUCAUCUCCACAUGUAACAUCGGCAUUACCAACGAUUAUUUCAUUGUCACCACUGUUUUCACCUCCAAAACCAUCGUCACCUGUCAUUUCCUCUCCUCCCAUCAUCUCUUCUUCUUAUUCGGCAAUGAUACCAACUACAAAAUUCAUUUUUCCGCGAAUGUUAGAUACAAUUUUCUUUCACAACUCUUAGGUAUAAUUUUUCUCAAUCGGAGAAAAUGAAAUUUUUGAUGUUUUAGUCUAUUAUAAAUAUAUAGAAUAGAAAUGCAACACUAAUUAAGUAUUAUUUGUUGAUAUCCUACAUGUAGCAUCACCACCACCACCAUGACCAAUUGUUUCAUCACCGCCUUCUUCUCCACCACCAUCACCACCCAUCAUCUACUCACCUUCUCCCACUGUCUCUUCUUCUUCGCCUCCUCCACCUCUCGUGAUGGCUUUUUCUUCUCCUCCAUCAACCAUGGCGACACCUCUUCAAGCCCUCUAUACUUAUAUCUCUUCAUAUGCUUCAAAAUUGUCCUCUUUCACUAUUUCAUUGGCACCGCCUCUAGUCGUUUCAUUGCAAAAUACUAUUUGUUUUUCAAUUCUAUUUGACGAACAUAGAAUAGAAAUGUGACUUAUAAUAUCUAUGUCUAAUGAUAAUU